AUGGAGGAGAGGAGGGCGCUGGCGCCGUGGUUGCGGCCGAGAACGCCCCCCUGCUGCCCACGGCUGCGGCAGCUGCUGGGAGUCGCGGGGUCGUUGGCGCUGCUGCUGUACCUCCUGGCGGUCGGGCUGGUGCUGCUCGUCGUGCAGCUGCUGGGCCAGCUGGUGGGCCUGCUGAUGGUGCCCGCGCUGAGGAGCUUCGGGUACGUGGUGGAGUACGCGUACUCCCUCAGGGUCUGCAGGCUCCACGUGGCGAUCGAGCGGUUCGUGCAGCGCCGCAUCUCGCGGCGGCCGUACCACAGCAGGUGUCUGGACCUGCGGGCUCGGCUCGACCUGGAGGCGGGCGGCGCCUGUUUCGUGCACCCCGUGCCAUGCCUGACGAACAACUACGCGUAUCUGCUCGUCGACGCCCCGAAGGGGGCGGAAGGGGAGCGCAGGCACGACAAGUCUGGCCUGAGGUGCUGCUUGGUCGACCCCUGCGAUGCGGCCGCCGUCAUAGAGUUGGUGGAAGCCCUCAGCACGGGUCUCUACGCCGCGUUCGGUGGAUUGGUUCUCGAGGCUGUGCUGUGCACGCACAAGCACUGGGACCACGCGGGCGGCAACACUGAGCUGCGCUCGUGGGCCGCGUCGGCACGCAGCCGCACUUCCGCCGCACGGCGGCCAGGAGGGGACGAAGGGACCGAGCCUCUGGCACACCUCCGUUACACCGAGGAGCUGAGGGUCUAUGGCGGCUUUGACGACAGUAUACCUGGCCGCACGCAUGCGGUGGAGAGUGGGCAAAGGUUCCACGCCGCGGGGCUCGAGUUCGAGGCCCUGGCCACUCCUGGGCACACUGCGGGCAGCAUGGCCUUCUGCGUGCGCGGGCUCGCGGGCGGCGCGGGCGCAGCGGAGGCGCUGUUCACCGGCGACUGUCUGUUCUCUGGCGGCUGCGGCGCCCCUUUCGAGGGCUCGGAGCUGGACAUGCAGCAUUGCUUCGGGAGCAUCCUGCAGAGGUGCGACCCGCGCCACACGCUGCUCUUCCCAGGGCACGAGUACACUUCGAUGUUGCUGGACGACGCGGUGGAGAGGGCGCAGUCGGGCGCACUCUUCGAAGUGCCACCGGGGCAUUUCCUCUCCCUGUGCGGAGACUGCUACCUGGUCGCGCACCGCAGGAGGCUCCACGACAAGUUGCCCACCGUGCCAUGCACCCUGGCUGGGGAACUGCAGGUGAACCCGAUGUUCGCAGCGCUCCGGGGGCGCGCGGACACGCUCGUGGAGGCGGCAGAGCGCUUGCAGGGCUGGCAGGCCACCCAGGGGCAGGGCGCCGAUGAGCCCGUCCAAGUGCUUCCGAGCCUCGGGGACAGCGCCGCGGCGCCGCCGCCGCCGCUGGCCUCGGCGCCAGAGGAGCUCGGCGAGAAGGUCAAGCGGAAGGCACGGCCGCGGGAGGCGCGCGGCGCGGCCGCCGCCGCGCCGCGACGCGCCGCGGCGGUGGAGAGGCCGAUGCCCGUCCACCUCGCAGUCUCCGAGGAGGCGGCGCCACCGCCGCCAGCCAGGGAGGAGGCAGGCGAGCCCACCGUCGGCGCAGGCCUCGCUCACCUGAGCGGGCGCGAGCCCUGCUUCGCCUUCCUCUACCGCGGCGAGCUGGAAGAGCUGCGCCAGGAGCUGCGCGCUGGGAACCUGGGCGGCCCAGAGGCGGCAGACAGGCUCCUCGAGCUCGAGCGGCGCGUGUUCCAGGCCCCGCUGCUGACGUGCGCAGCCGACGCCUUCGACGACGACGGCCUCCCCGAUGACGAUCCUCUGGCGGAAGGCGCCACCGCGCCAGCGGUCGCCGACACCGAGCAGCCCGCCGCAGCAGAGACGGCCGCGCCCGCGGACCCCGACGCGCCACCGGGCACCCCCGCGCUGCGGCGCGAAGUGUCGCAGGCUCUGCGCGUGCUCGGGGCGCCCUCCGCAGUGGCCCUAGGCAGGAAGGCCCCCUGCCGGGAGGACCGGAUACCCAUCUACCCUGCCCCGCCUGAUGCUCGGCAUGCGGCGCCUGUGCACCGAGGGCUGCCCCCGCAGCGACGCGGCGCUGGCGCUGAGCGGACGCUCGCGGCCGCCGCGGACGCCGCGCAGGCGGACGCCGCGCAGGCGGACGCCGCGCAGGCGGACGCCGCGGGCGCCGCGAGCGCCGCCGCGGACGGCGCGGCGCUGCUGCCGCUGGCCGCCGCGCUCGACGCGCUCUGCCCGCUGCCGCCCCGCCGCCAGCGCGGCACCGGCGACGCCGCCGGCCAGGCGGACCAGCCAGAGCAGCCAGAGCAGCACGAGGACAUUGGAGCGGGCUGCAAGUACUCCGCUAGAGGUGCGGCCAGGCCCGUGCCGGGCGCCUGCCGCGUUGCAGGAUCCGCUGUGAACCCGAGGUGCCAACUCGUCUUCGAGCGGCCGCCCACAUAA